AGCUUGCUUGUUUGUGUGUGCGUGUCUCAAGAGAGAGCUUCUUUAGCUCAUGUUACAACCGCUGGUGGCGCUGUAUAUAAUUCGAAUUUCUUCGCCCUGUUUUACGGUUGAGGGAGUCGUAAAAAGAGUUCUUUUACAUCGUCGGUGGAGGCUCUAGAAGGUGCACAGUCACAAGCAGGAAAUCCGCGUCGCCCUCGUCUUUACUGGUGCUGGUGCAGAGAGGAAAAUAAUAUGCCGUCGUCCGCGGCCCUCCGGUCAGUGUUCGCCUUGCUGUCUCUACUUAUUCCGGGCCUACGCUCCCAGUCCGACUGCUUUCCGGCCGACUCUUCCUUCGCCCGCGCCGUGUGUGUUUGCAAGGGUGUUUCGGGGAUCCAGUGCUUGUACCGACGCGGGCUGCCGCGGCUCACCGAGUUUCCCGUCCUCAAUACUACCUACCCAUUGAUCACCUCUAUUCAAUUACAGGACCAGCAGGUGACAGAGCUGAACAGUUCCCACCUGGGAGUUUAUCCAAACCUCACAACUCUGAUAUACAAUGGUGGAGCACUCAGCAAGAUCUCUAAUGACGCUUUCAAGAACAACAGAAAGUUAGAUGGCAUAUCUUUUACAGACAACCGCCUGACAGCAUUUCCACCAGUCACAAACCUACCGUUACUUAGGGACUUGCAACUAGGAGGAAAUAGCAUCCAGUCCAUCAAUCCCGGAGUACUUGAUGGAUGCACUUCCCUUGAACACUUGAACGCUGAAGGAAAUGAUAUCGAGGUGCUAAGGAGUGGUGUACUGAGUGAUCAAAGCAGACUACACACCCUGAAUCUCAACAAUAAUAAGCGGCUGUCUACUAUUGACUCCGAUGCAUUUGCAAAUACUGCCAUUCAGAGUCUUUCUUUAGCAAAUACUGCUAUCAGCAACCUCCCGUCAAGCGGAUUGAGAGCGAGCCUAGAUUAUCUGGAUCUCUCAGAUACCCGAAACCUGAAGCGGUUCAACGCAUACGAGCCUGGAGUGGAGUUCUUCAACCGGACGUACCCCUUUCUCAGAGAGGCGAAAUUUUUCUAUCACGCUCACUGCUGUCAGCUGCAGGAUCAUCACACCUUCUUACGACUCGACACCGGCGAAGAAUCGGAACCAGAAACGGAGCCGGUCGAGAGCACACCAGUUGUCCCGACGGAACACCUUCCCGGUUUCGUCUGUGUCAACACGACAAAUGGGACCACUGUCCUUGACAAGUCAAGCGUUUCCACCCACCAAAACGUUUCGGUGGACGAGUUCUGCUCGUCUGAAUUCUGCAUGGAAGAGAUCUGUGGAGAGAGGUGUUCUCGUUAUGAAGAGCUACUCGGCAGCGAUAUCUCACUGAGUGGUGGCGGAAUCUCGGAUAUUUACUGCCUCCCGAUAGCUCCCACCUCGUGCCUGGACAAGUUCUUCGCCUCCAACAGCUUUACCUCACAAGUGACUUACAAUACGUGUGCUACGGAAGCACCAACGGAUGAGGUACCUUCUACUGUCCCCACCACCGAACCACCUUCCUGUGAAUAUUUCGAAGAGUGGUGUGAUUAUUAUUAUCCAGACAGAGCGGGGCAUUGCAAAACGUGUGCGCACAACUGUAUUGAGACGAUAUGCGCCCCCUACGAUGGGCUCUUUUUAUGUCAGUGCACGAGAAAGAAAAGGUCGGUGGGGGAGAUGAGCGUCUCGGACGGGCAUGUCCGCAGUCUGAGGUCAGUUCAAGCGGAUCCCACAAACGGCACGGCCAACAACGACUCAUUUCAGCUGCGAGUGAUUAACGUCGAGUGUAGGAAGAGGUUAAACGAAACUGUGAGCGUGGGUUUGCCUACACCGACUCCUGUUUUUACUCCAGCACCGGGUGCUCCGAUCUCGGGUGAGUGCGAAUACCGAAUCCUGGAGGACAUUGGCACAUUACUCCUCCCUGAAGGGUGGUUUUAUCUCGAAUCAGACUCCCGCGACGUCAUCUGCAAGGAAGUUAUUGUACCUGCACCCACGCCCUCACCCUCUUCCUCGCCCACUCCACAACCACCACCCACUGCAGCUAUGUACAUCCAAGAUAUAGUGACUAUGUGCUCGCCUGUUCCGGAUGAUUUUAACCCCUGCGAGGACCUUCUCGGCGACAGCGAUAUCCUGCGUGCUGCAAUCUGGUUUGUGAUCAUUUUUGCCAUCGUUGGAAAUGGUGCGGUCCUCUUUGUGUUCUUUACCUACGCAAUUGUCAUCCGCCGGACGAAGGUGAAGUUCUUCCCGAUGCAUUUUCUCUAUGCAAACCUCGCCGGAGCCGAUUUCCUGAUGAGUAUCUAUCUAUUGACGCUGGCGUCAGUUGAUAUAGACACAAAGGGACACUUUAGUCGGGAGGACAUUGACUGGCGCACGGGGCCAGGGUGUGGGUUUGCAGGAUUCUGUGCCAUUACUUCCACGGUCGUCUCCGUCUACACACUAGUAGUCAUCACGACAGAGAGAAUUUAUACAAUUACCUUUGUCAUGCACCAGAAGAAAAUCACCAAAAUGUUUGUUCUGGUGGUCAUGAUUAUAGGGUGGUCUCUAGGAAUUUUAAUGGGUGCCUUGCCACUUGGAGGGGAAGUAAAUUCUUACGAACUGGUGGCCGUGUGCUUACCGUUUGAUACGUCAAGUUCUUCAGCUCUUGCGUACAUUGCGAUCAUCCUGUUAACAACGGGGCUGGCUUUUGUGUACAUUGCAAUCUGCUACACUGUAAUCUUCUACCAGAUAAUCCUCAGCCCAACGAAACGCAAACUCAUUCGAUCCGGCGGUCGACAAAAGCAAUGGAAGGGGGACCUGAGGAUGUCGAUAAGGAUGUUUGUUCUUGUCUUGACCAACUUUCUUUGCUGGUUCCCCAUUGCACUAGUGAGUCUGACAGCAGCCUUUGGUGUGCCUCUCCAAGGAAUCAAUGUUGCAACAGCAAAGAUUUUCGUGGUGUUUGUCUUCCCCUUAAACGCCUGUGUCAAUCCAUUCCUUUAUACGCUAUCAACAAGAGCAUUCAAACACAAUUUCGUUUCUCUUAUAAGUCGCUGUGGCUUGCUUCGAAAGUCAAAAUACGCAUCGACCUACUCGAGGCAGUUUGGACUACCGUCCUCUAUCUCCAAACGGACUACUGACACAGACGUCUCACGGAGGAGCUCCGUAAUAUCCCAGCUGAUAUCUCUCAACUUUACCAUGUUCACAAACCGCAGAACUAGCCUCGAAACCGUAAGCGAAAACGGCUCGCACACUAACUUGCGGAGACCGAGUCAGGCCAGCAUGACUUCCAGUGAUGAAAAAUUCCUGAGGACGCACACCGUCUUAAAUCUGCGCCGCAGCAGUGGCGUCAGUCAAAGUUCUACAGAAGACAUUUCCUUACAGGAACCACUACCAGAUACUCCCUCCUCCUCCUCUUCCUCUGUCAAGGACAAGCCCACGAGAACCACCCAGCUAAACAGUGCGUCAAGUCUAGGGGUCUUACAUGAAGUCGACGAAGUUGCAGACGUGUCGAGCAAAAACGCUUUAGUUCAGAAAAAUCCAGGCUAUCUGGAACAGAAAUCGGAAGAAACUUUUGACUCGUGUACAGACACAUGCAUUCACGAGAGUGACCAUUUAACAUGCAAUGGAACAGACGAUGUUGUUAGCUAGAACACUGCAGAGCCCACAACACCAGCGGUUAAUGUUCUUCAGACUGACAGAGAGAGUGCAUGAGCACACAGUCCAGUUUAUGAUGCUGUUCACUCACCCAACCCACACUCUCUCUCCUCUUUUGUAUUUUCAAAUUUUCAUCAAUUUUUAUUUCCAUUGGUAUAUUUCACAACUUGCCAUAUAAUAGCUGAUGGUCAAAUG